AGAUGAACUGCAGUGAUGAAAUCUUCGCACUCCCACCGUGGUUUAUCAAACCUUCAUGCUGGUGUUAUUUCACCGUGGUUUCGAGCCUGUUCUACGAUUCCGGUUCGACAGAUUUGUUUCCAGCCAGCGUUCUGCGUUCCAUGCUAGAAACGCAUUCCGCAGGUGGCAGCGGCGGCGAAACCGCGUUGGCUCGUUCCACUGUUGUGGCGCGGAGCAGCAGCCGGGCUCGACACGGUGACCGCUGGCCGGCGGCGUGCGUGCCGCGUUGCCUUGCUGCUUCGCCGGUUCGCCCUGCGAUGGCCGCUGCCGGCCUGUCCGCGCGGCCAUUGCCUGGGCAGCGCCGACGGUAUGCCCAUGCCUGCACGGCGUCCUAGUUUGAAUCCUAAAACAGUCCGGGAGGCUGCAUAAUAGGCCUAAAAUGGCAAAAGGGGUCUUGCUAAUUUUGGUGGUACACGGUGGCCUUUUUCUUGCACUAUCUGUCAGUCCCCAUGGAAUGGAACCCUUUCCCAGCCGCUCCCUUUCGAUUGCAAUUUGCACCCCUAUUUUGGCGGUCUUAGCUGCUAUUAACGAGAAGGGCAUUUCUGUCCACGUGCUGUAACGGUUAUCAGGGAGCUGCCCCGGUAAUGGCGCUGGCUCGUUCCCUUCCCUAGCCCCCGGCGCCACCCACCUCUCUCCUGGGCCCCCGCCGGGGUGCCGUCCUCCACAGCCGCCGCCGCGCGGUAGCUGCUGCGUUUUGGGAACAGAACGUCGCCUGCAUUUGCUGUCGGAUUGGAUCAGAGUGGGAGGUGAAUCCAGCGUUUCUUGGCCUUGCAGAGCAGAGUCCAGGGGUCCGGACAUCCUGACGAAUUACCUCGAACCGAUGGGGUGCUGUGGAAGCAGUGCUGUAGACGCUGAGGAACAGCUGGACUACAGCGCCGGCAAUGUGACGAUCAUACCAGAUCAUAAGUGUUGGGAACGAAAAUUGGAAGAAGCAGGCGAAGAUGGCAAAACUCUUGUUGUAAAAUUCAGCGCAACCUGGUGCGGACCAUGCAGGAAUGCUGCUCCAGUAUUCGCCGAGCUUUCUUUGAAGCAUUCUGAUCUUGUUUUCGUGUCGGUGGACGUAGACGAACUGCCGGAACUGGUCACGCAAUUCGACAUACGCGCGACCCCGACGUUCAUCUUCAUGAGAGACAAGAAGGAGAUCGACAAGCUGGUGGGGGGAAACCAGGCAGAUCUCGAGAAGAAGUUCGAUCCAUACCGCGAGCCGUAGUGAUGGCCCAUUUUCUCUUGUCAGCUUCAGAAUGAGGAUGCUCGAAGAUGUACCUGAUUGGCUGAAGCAGCAGCUAGCAGCACAGAAUUUUGCAACCAGUUGAUGAGCUCUCUGGGGAGUCUACAUCUGCGUAGGUUCGAGGAAGUGGCCAACGGAAGUAGGAUUUCUGUAUAGUAUGUAAAGUUAGCUAGUGUCUGAAACUUCGCACCACAUUGUUCAAGCAAAUCCAUACACCAAAAAGGAAAAAGAAAAUCAAUGUAACACCAGUCACCAGAUGCCUCCCCUUUAAUUUCCCUCCCUCUUGAUCCCUGUCCCAUGAUUGGCCAUAAUCAUCAGCAAAAAUGCGAAUGCAAUUGUUGAUCAGCAAUGUACAAUGUGUACACCGAUUUAUGCAGGAU